AGCCCGAGCACCCGGCUGCAGCCGAGCGCGCCGCCGCGAGCCCGGAGCCGGAGCCCACCGAGCAGACUCGGGCUUCCUUCUCUUCCUGGGGACCAGGCCUCGAGUCACAGAGAAGGUGGCCUUCAUACAGCCGUGGACACUGCAGUUGGGUGCUACCAUCAUCUCACUGCCACCCAUAAACAGAGCAGUGUGGAGAGCCACCGUCGCUGCGCCGCUGACUUCUAGAGGGGUAGAGGAGAAGCCAGAAGUCCUCGCAGAGGGACCUUGCCUUGGCACUGGAGCUGGAAUCUGUUGGAGUCCCUGGGAACGAGACUCAGGAGUAACCCUGCAGGAUGGACUGGGGAACCCUGCACACGGUCAUCGGGGGCGUCAACAAGCACUCCACCAGCAUCGGGAAGGUGUGGAUCACCGUCAUCUUUAUCUUCCGAGUCAUGAUCCUCGUGGUGGCCGCCCAGGAGGUGUGGGGUGACGAGCAGGAGGAUUUCGUGUGCAACACCCUGCAGCCGGGGUGCAAGAACGUGUGCUAUGACCACUUCUUCCCCGUCUCCCACAUCCGGCUCUGGGCGCUGCAGCUGAUCUUCGUGUCCACGCCGGCUCUCCUGGUGGCCAUGCAUGUCGCCUACUACAGACACGAAACCGCGCGAAAGUUCAUCCGUGGGGAGAAGAGGAACGAGUUUAAGGACCUGGAGGACAUCAAGCGGCAGAAGGUGCGCAUCGAGGGGUCCCUGUGGUGGACCUACACCAGCAGCAUCUUCUUCCGCAUCAUCUUCGAGGCCGCCUUCAUGUACGUGUUCUACUUCCUCUACAACGGAUACCACCUGCCCUGGGUCCUGAAAUGCGGCAUUGAACCCUGCCCCAACCUUGUGGACUGCUUUAUUUCCAGGCCGACCGAGAAAACGGUGUUCACCGUUUUUAUGAUUUCCGCCUCUGUGAUUUGCAUGCUGCUCAACGUGGCAGAGCUGUGCUACCUGCUGCUGAAACUGUGUUUUAGGAGGUCCAAAAGAGCCCAGGCGCAGAGAAGCCACCCCAACCACGCCCUGAAAGAGAGCAAGCAGAACGAAAUGAACGAGCUGAUCUCAGACAGUGGUCAAAAUGCCAUCACAAGUUUCCCAAGUUAAGCAUUUCAAGGUCAAGUGUAGGCCAGCCGAGUGCCCCCUCUGUAGACAGCACGGAUCUGACAGCUCCCUCUCUAGGUCAAGGCUUUGUCUAUAACGACUCAUAGCAGAUAGAUCUUGAGUUCGAUUGUUGUAGAACACCUGAAUGAUUCACACACAAUGUAAGUCAACAUUUCCAUCUCUGAAAACAAAGUCCUGGUGACCUGGUGACAAAUGAACCUUGAAGUCACCUUGACAAGUCCUGUGAGGGCUCUCUGACUUAGUAUUUCCUGAAAUUUUAUAUAACUUGUUUAUAAAGAGCCAUUUAUCUAGAAAGCAAUAGUUUUAUCGGUAAGAUAUUUUUAUAGGAAUGAAUAUUUUAGUUCUGACUCUGAAUUUAUACAAAGUAUUUUUUUAAUGACUGGGCCUUCCUUACCUGGAAUAAACACACAAAGCUAGCUUUACAUGGGCAGCCCACGUAUCUGAAGUUUGAACUCGCAAAGGGUCUGGCGUGUUACAUUGUUUAACCCUGUCUGGGGACCCUUUUGUGAGCGAGUGUGUGCUCUUAAGGUGGAAUGAGUGCGUUAGACGAUAUGUGUUGCCGCUUGCUAAACACAGAUGGAAUCGAAGGAAAUGAGACACUUUUUAAAACGGCCUUUUCCACCAGCCGUGAGCAGUGCAAACAUGAAUGUCAUCACUCCAAUAAAGCCUGUUGCU